UGGGUCUCAUGGAUUCUUGGAAGAGUCCCCGCUGGCUGCUGACGUGGAUGGCUUUUAUUUGCUCUAUCCUUCUGCAGGCCACCGCAGAGAAGUCUCCUGGUGCUUAUUUCCUUCCGGAGUUUGCACUGUCUCCUCAAGGAAGCUUUCUGGAAGAUACGACAGGGGAGCAGUUCCUCACUUAUCGCUAUGAUGACCAGACUUCAAGAAACCCACGGUCUGAUGAAGAGAAAGAUGGCAAUUGGGAUGCCUGGGGCGAUUGGAGUGAUUGCUCGCGGACGUGUGGAGGAGGAGCAUCCUAUUCUCUGCGGAGAUGUUUGACUGGGAGGAACUGUGAAGGGCAGAAUAUUCGCUACAAGACAUGCAGCAAUAAUGACUGCCCCCCGGAUGCAGAGGACUUCAGAGCUCAGCAGUGUUCUGCCUACAAUGAUGUCCAGUAUCAGGGCCGCUAUUAUGAAUGGCUUCCUCGGUAUAAUGACCCAGCUGCCCCUUGUGCACUCAAGUGUCAUGCUCGGGGACAAAACUUGGUAGUGGAAUUGGCCCCCAAAGUACUGGAUGGCACUCGUUGCAAUGCAGACUCCCUGGACAUGUGUAUCAGUGGCAUCUGUCAGGCAGUGGGCUGUGAUCGUCAACUGGGCAGUAAGGCCAAGGAAGACAGUUGUGGGCUCUGUGCUGGCGAUGGCUCCACCUGUAGACUCGUGCGGGGACAAGCCAAGUCUCAUGUUUCUCCUGAAAAAAGGGAGGAAAACGUCAUCGCUGUCCCUCUGGGAAGUCGCAGUGUCAGAAUCACAGUGAAAGGACCUGCACACCUCUUUAUUGAAUCAAAAACACUUCAAGGGAACAAAGGAGACCACAGUUUUAACAGCCCUGGAGUUUUUGUUGUGGAAAAUACAACCAUUGAAUUUCAGAGGACGUCCGAGAGGCAAACCUUUAAGAUCGCAGGACCUCUGAUGGCAGAUUUCAUUUUCAAGACCAGGUACACAGUGGCCAGAGACAGCGUGGUCCAGUUCUUUUUUUACCAGCCAAUCAGUCAUCAGUGGAGACAGACAGAUUUCUUUCCCUGUACUGUGACAUGUGGAGGAGGUUAUCAGCUCAAUUCCGCGGAGUGUGUGGAUAUCCGCUUGAAGAGGGUGGUUCCUGACCAUUAUUGCCAUUACUACCCUGAAAACGUCAAACCCAAACCCAAACUGAAGGAGUGCAGCAUGGACCCUUGCCCAUCCAGUGAUGGAUUUAAAGAGAUUAUGCCCUACGAUCACUUCCAACCGCUCCCUCGCUGGGAACAUAAUCCUUGGACUGCGUGCUCAGUGUCCUGUGGAGGAGGGAUUCAGCGACGUAGCUUUGUGUGUGUGGAGGAGUCCAUGCACGGAGAGAUACUGCAAGUGGAAGAAUGGAAGUGCAUGUACGCCCCCAAGCCCAAGGUUAUGCAAACUUGCAAUCUGUUUGAUUGCCCCAAGUGGAUUGCUAUGGAGUGGUCCCAGUGCACAGUUACUUGUGGUCGAGGGUUACGUUACCGGGUGGUUCUCUGUAUCAACCACCUUGGAGAGCAUGUUGGGGGCUGCAAUCCACCACUGAAGCUACAUAUCAAAGAAGAAUGCGUCAUCCCCAUCCCUUGUUAUAAACCCAAAGAAAAAAGCCCAGUGGAGGCUAAGUUACCUUGGCUUAAACAAGCGCAAGAACUAGAAGAGACCAGAAUAGCAACAGAAGAGCCAACAUUCAUUCCAGAGCCCUGGUCGGCCUGCAGUACCACGUGUGGGCCAGGCGUGCAAGUCCGUGAAGUGAAAUGCCGAGUCCUCCUCACCUUCACGCAGACCGAUACGGAGCUGCCCGAGGAGGAGUGUGAGGGUCCCCCGCUGCCCACGGAAAGGCCCUGCCUCCUGGGAGCCUGUGAGGACAGCCCUGCCACCCGCCAGCCAGCCACCGCGGCCCAGGAGAGGGACAGCGAGAUGACUUAUGACUGGGAGUACUCUGGGUUUACACCUUGCACGGCGACCUGCUUGGGAGGCCACCAAGAAGCGAUAGCAGUGUGCAUACACAUCCAGACCCAGCAAACCGUCAAUGACACGCUGUGCAAUGCACUCCACCGUCCCCCGGCUAUGAGCCAGGCUUGUAACACGGAGCCCUGCCCGCCCAGGUGGCACACAGGCUCCUGGGGGCCCUGCUCAGCUACCUGUGGUGUUGGAAUUCAGACCCGAGACGUGUACUGCCUGCACCCUGGAGACUCCCUUGCCCCUCCCGAGGCAUGUCGAGUGGAAAAGCCCCAUGCCUUGCAAGCAUGCAAUCAGUUUGAUUGCCCACCUGGCUGGCACAUUGAAGACUGGCAGCAGUGUUCCAGGUCGUGCGGUGGGGGAACUCAGAACCGAAGAGUCACUUGCCGGCAGCUGUUGACAGAUGGCAGCUUUCUGAAUCUCUCAGAUGAAUUGUGCCAGGGCCCCAAGGUGUCGUCUCAUAAGUCCUGUGCCAGAACAGAUUGUCCUCCUCAUUUCUCGGUGGGAGACUGGUUACAGUGCUCUGUCAGCUGUGGGGUUGGCAUCCAGCGAAGAAAGCAAGUGUGUCAAAGACUGACGGCCAAGGGUCGGCGCGUUCCUCUCAGCGAGGUGAUGUGCAGGCACCUCCCGGGGCCACCUCUGGUGAGAGCUUGCCAGAUGCCUGCGUGCAACAAAAUGAAGCCAGCAACAAAAACUAAACUAGUUGAGCAAGGUCCUCAGAUCCUCGGUGUCCAGAGAGUCUACAUUCAGACUCGGGAAGAGAAGCGCAUUAACCUGACCGUGGGUAGCAGAGCCUAUCUGCUGCCCAACACAUCUGUGAUUAUUAAAUGCCCAGUGAGACGAUUCCACAAGCCUAUGAUCCAGUGGGAGAAGAAUGGCCACUGCCUGCAGAACUCCAGACGCCUGGGCAUCACCAAAUCGGGCUCGCUCAAAAUCCACAGUCUGGCAGCCCCCGACAUCGGCGUGUACCGGUGCAUUGCAGGGGCUGCGCAGGAGACCGUUGUGCUCAAACUGAUUGGCACUGACAACCGCCUCAUCGCACCCCCAGUCCUCAGAGAGCACAGGAGAGUGUAUCCGGGGAUGGAACACAGCCAGGACAACAGCUUGGGAGCCACGUGGCAUAAAAUGCAGCAAAUGCGGAAUAACAAAAAUGACCUCUAUCUAGAUGAUGGCCAGAUUAAUAGCCAGCCUAUCUUAAGAGCUCUCUUGGGCCACUGCAGCCACUCUGCAGGACACACCAACUCCUGGGAGUUGAAGAAUAAGCAGUUUGAAGCCGCGGUUAAACAGGGGGCCUAUAGCAUGGAUACCGCCCAGUUUGAAGAACUGAUAAGAAACAUGAGUCAGCUCAUGGAAACGGGCGAGAUCAGCGAUGACCUUGCAUCCCAAGUGAUCUACCAGCUGGUGGCCGAGUUAACUAAGGCACAACCCACGCAUGUGCCAUGGAGGAGCAUCCGGGAAGAGGUGCCUCCCGCAGCUCAGCUGAGGGGGGAAAUGGGAAGUGUGCCCCCAAACUCAAAUGCGAGGGACUCAGGCAAGCUGACAUUUAGGCCAAAGGUGCCUGUUCUUAAGAGGCAGAGCCAACCCCCUGAAAUUUCAUUUAAUAAAACAAUUCAUUCAAGGAUUGGCAAUACAGUAUUCAUUACGAAAAGGACUGCCGUCAUCAAUAUUCUGUGUGACCUUGCCACCCCCAGUGAGGUCGUAUACACAUGGACCAAGGAUGGAGCAUUGUUACAACCCUCAGCAAAAAUCAUUUUGGAUGGGCCGGGGAAAAUCCAGAUCAGGAACCCGACGAGGAAAGAACAAGGAAUCUAUGGGUGCUCUGUAGCGAAUCAUCUCGGCUCAGACGUGGAAAGCUCUUCCGUGCUCUAUGCAGAGGCACCUGUCAUCUUAUCUGUUGAAAGAAAUGUCACCAGUCCAGAGCGCACCCAUCUGUUAGCUGUGGUUGGAGGCAUCGUAGAGGCAGCGCUGCGAGCAAAUGUGACAAUCCAGUGUCCUGUAAAGGGUGUCCCUCAGCCCAGUGUAACGUGGUUGAAGAGAGGAGGAGCUCUGCAGGACAAUGUUUCCUUGCUUUUCAAUGGAUCCCUGUUGUUGCAGAACGUUUCCCUUGAGAAUGAAGGCACCUACGUCUGCACAGCCACCAAUGCUCUCGGAGAGGCCCGCGCGGCAUCCGGGCUUCACGUGCUGGGUAAUGUCAACACGGCACCCCACAACAAUGACACACCAGGAGAAGCUUUACUUUCAGAGCCUUCCUGGAAGCCUGGCAACUGGACACAUUGCUCUGCUACCUGUGGCCACUUGGGAACCAGCCUCCAGAGACCCCGGUGUGUGGCGGCGGACGGGCGGGAAGUGAGCCAGGCCCUUUGUGAUCAUCUCCCCAAGCCACGGGCUGGAUUUCGGCGCUGUAACGUCCGGGACUGCCCCGCCAGGUGGUUGACAAGCGCCUGGUCAGAGUGCUCUGUGUCUUGUGGUGAGGGGUUCCGUAGUCGGCAAGUAACCUGCAAACGGAUAAGAGCCAAUGGGACGGUGCCGUCAGCAAUGCCGAGAGAGUGUGCUGCCAAGGACCGACCUCUGGGGAAGAAACCGUGCUCCAGUCGCCCGUGUGUGCCCUGGGCUGGUGAACCAGAGAACCAGUGUCCUGGGCAUUGCAUGGGUCGUAUCAUGAGAGUACAGCAGCCGCUCCACACAGUUUGUCAUCAGCACAAUGGCUCUGCAGCACGGGACGCCAACUGCGACGACAGAAAGAGACCCACCUUUAGGAGAAACUGCUCGUCGGGGGCCUGUGAUGGCUGCUGGCACACCGGCCCUUGGCAGCCCUGCACAGCAGCCUGUGGCCGGGGCUUCCAGGCCCGCAGGGUGGAGUGUGUGCACCGAAGGAGCUGCAGACCUGUGGCGGAGAGGCACUGCGGGUAUCAGAAGAAGCCAACUUCCUGGCGGCACUGUCUGGGGCCUUCCUGUGAUAGAGACUGCGCAGACACCGCUCACUACUGCCUGUUCGUAAAGCACCUGCACCUCUGUGCCUUCGACCUCUACAAACACAGGUGCUGCCACUCAUGCCAAGGAGGAUAAGGCUUUGGUGGGACCACCAUGCUGCUGUGAAGAGAAAAGAGACCCCUGAAAGCUCACUGCCCCCCAGCUAGCUGGUCCAAUCCCAUGUAUCUCGUUUACAGCCAAACAGUCCACAAAUUCUGGAGUCCCCAGGCCAUCAUGCAAAUACACCUCUGAUUUAGCAAAUGACCUUUCCCUAAGGCAGUUGUUCUUUGUCGUUUCUUAACCUCAACUCUUGGACGCAGUGUAGGCCAAGCCAGAACAGCAUGGGCCAGGGCGUCCUCCCAUCGGGCAAACUCCGCCAUGGGCAUCGCCACGUGCUGCUGCUUCCCGGGAUGCCCGAGACUGGCACUGAGCAGUCCAUCGGCAUCACUCUGGGGACUCCAGCAACCGAUGGCUUCCUUCUCCCGCUGGCUUUAGAGCGCCAAGUUCGGCCACGUGUGCACUUGAGAAGCGCUGAGCAAGAGUUGUGACCGUCUGGACUCGGGAAGGAAGGCCUGGCUCUGCUUCUGAAGGUCACCACCAUCACAACCCCGCGCCAUGGCAACCGGCGUCGGGUUGGGUUGUGCUGACCCAGACGGAGCCAGCGUUUGCAGCGCAGCGGGAGGCGGGUACCACCUGUCGCGGGCAUCCGCGACAGAAAGCACGUGGUCGGUAGGGCAACCAUCUUCCCAAUGAUGGCACCCUCUGUGGCCAGAUGGGGCAGCAGGGCAGUCAAAGGAGUAAGUCAACCUUUCCUACUGAGUUUAAAGUAAGAUUCAAAGCUUUCUUUUCAGAGCUGUGAAUGGAACUUUCUCUACGCACUACUCUCCUGCAUUCAAACAAAACCAAAUCCUUAUCAGACCUAAUUUAUGCAUCGAAUUGUAUCCCUAUGGAUUUUUAUUGUGGAAAAAAAUAUAUAUCUAAGAAAGUAAUCUAAUUAUGAAGCAUGAUCGUUUAAAAUUAUGGUUUACAAUAAAUGUUUUAGUUAGAACUGAUUUUUCCCCCAGUGAAUCCGAAAGGAAUUAGGCUAGAAGUUAGAAUCAGAACUAGAGGGCAGCUUUAGGAUUUGGUUUAUGAGAUGGGAAAUGGGAUUCGGGGGUAACUUGAGUCCUAAAGUUAGAGUAGGACUGGGCUAGAUAAGAACGGCAGUUACAUCAGCACGCAGGCUAGCAUGGGCUUCAAAGGUUAGCGUGAAGACCAGGUAAGGUUAGGGUUGGGUUGAGGUGGGUUUGGAUGGUGGCCAAUACUGGUGCAAGAGUGAGUGUCACGGUGGAGGUUACGUUUGGAGUAAACAUUGCUGCUGAAGUAUCUCCAGGCUAGCAUUCAAUUGCAAGUUCAGAAGCCGAUUUGGUGAUGGAAAUCCUUCCUUCAUAUACUACCACCUCCUGGCUUUUGAUGGCACAUAUACACACACACCCUCAUAAGUGGGUGCACUUCUUUAUUCCAUGCCCUCGCUUACUGCGUGUGCACAUGCUGUCUGUCUGUAGCCCGUUUGGCAGCAAAAUUACCUGUAACAGGUUGUGCUAAACCUAGUCCUUGGCCAAUAGUGAUAAGUGAACCAUGCAUUGUGGUUUGGGAUUUGUGUGUGAUGGAGUCUGUCUACCAUGUGCCAAACGCCUGGUCUCUCUUGCCCUCCCUUCUGCCUCCCUGACACUGGGAUGAGCACUACUGUAGGUGGAGGGUCUGGUGGUUGGGGGUGUAUGGGGAGAAGUGGAGAUGCUACACCAGCCCAGGAGUUUUCAGUUAUCAGUCACUUUUGUUAAAUUAAAAGACGGAUCACUUGUAAAAUACUUUGUAUAUAUUUAUGAUAUGACUUCAAGGUGCAAUAUUUUAUUUUGUACAGUGUGUAAUAAAGAUAUGGGACAUCUAUUUUUCUUAUUAACAAAAUUCCUUAUUAAAUCGCUUCACCUUUGUAUUUAAAGUUGAAAGUUGUUUUUUUUCAUUUGGUAUUGUUCUUUGGUCCUUUUGUCACCCAAAUGGCAUGCCUGUGUCCUUUAUUUUACUGCUGUUCCCAUAACAUGAGAGGUACUGCUUCUCUGUCGUUGAUGCUUCAGUAAUCCUGGAAUAAAUUUACUUUGAUUAUUCAGUGA